AUGUCCGCCAUCGCCGAGGUUCACGGGACGGAGUCCGUUGCCGCCGAGCAGAAUCACGUCGAGACGUACGAGACGGCGCCGGAGCCGUUGAUGCUCUGGCCAUCUACCGUCUUAUACAGCGAUAAACCCCUCCCUGCCCUCCCACUAUACCGUACCAACUCCUUCGCAUCUACUUCCACGUCGUUGUCGCUGUCGAUGAGCUCGACUGCUCCCACUUCUUCCCCAGACGCUGCGUCGUGCCCUCCCUCCCCAGGAGGUAUAGAGCCACUCCAGUCACAAAUGGACCCUAUCCCGGACCCUCGCAUGUCCAUCAUCAGCCAGAUGCCUCGGAUCAGCACUCCCAUCUACGCGUAUCAUUCGCGUCACGCCAGCGUCCAGUCCGAGAUGACCCACCGAUCGUCGCACGACUCGGUCCGGGACGACGACGAGACGGAGACGGUCAGUCGACCUUCCUCCCCAGUGUCCAUGGCCACGACCUUUGGCGGUGCACCCCGUAACAACCAUCGGAGUCGGACCACUACCGCCGAGCGCCCCUCCUCCCCAUCCGUCGACCCCCAGGCCUCCCGCUCGAUCAGGUCAGGCUCUUUCGCUUCGGAAUCGGACGUAUCGCACCAGUCCACCUUGGCUAGCUUUAGCCUGCCCUCCUACAAUCGCCACACCUUCCGGAUGAGCCUUCCUCCCAAUACCCAACAGUACUCGGCCGUCACUCCCGACUUUGAAAGCGACGAUCCCCUAGCGGGUCCCGGCUGGCCGGGGCUAGUGCCUCCCAGGACAUCGAGCCGGGAUGUGGAUCAUGAGAUCAGAUCCACGCCGGGCGUGGUGGGUGUAGGAGAGGGCUGGGCGGGCGGUCCGUCGGGGAAGAGGCGGAAGAAGAACAGCUGGUUCCGAAGGCGAGGGCGGAAGCAGGAGAAUGAUGGACAGGCAGAAGACCCUCUGGCGCUCUGGACGGUUCCGGAGGAGGCGCGCUCGAGUCCGCUCAAGUCCGCCUGGAACAGGUCCAGAGCGAGAUUUGGGGCGUCGGUACCUGCGCUGGCGGUCACUGGUUCUCCGCAGCCAGGGGAGCAAGGGCCGUCGGAUAUGAUGGCCAGGAGAGGGAGCAUGCCAAUACCUAUGCCGCUCCACCUCGCCAGACAAUCUGCCGCAAUGUCCGACCCCAUUGUCACCGCCGCAAGCUCGCCAUACCCCACCAGUCUCCCGGUCCCUCCUCAACCUCGGGCAUCGAAGCGUCAUGUCCAAUCCCAGCCACAUCUCCCCUUCCCUCGCUCGGCCUCCCUCUUACCUGGUACCGCCCAGGUGUACUCGGGCUCAGAUCAGGCACCGCUCCGCCGCAUGGACACCUUUGGGGGCGGCGGGCAAGUGGCGCUUGAGUCGGCGUCACUCGCUGAAGCGGGGGCCAGUCGUGCGCCCGCUGUCCCCUUCCGUACACCGGACGAAAUUUCGUCAGACCAAAAACCACCAAAACCUCGCCGGUCAUUGCUGAGCAAGCUCAAGGCUCGUUUGUCCAUGAUAUCGGGCGCGAAAAGAUCUACUCCCACCGGAACACUUCCAAACUCCACAUCUGUCCCCCUUCAGCCAGACAUCCCAAAUCUCACUCCCAAUUAUCAUACUCGGCCUCUCAGCCGAGUACGCGAGCAGCCUACACGCGCACGACCUCGGCCUGUAUCGAUGAUCCCCCUCGCUGGUGGAGACACUAUGGAUCUGUCCAGCCAUCCUCGCGAAAUCCGGCCGCCCGCUCUCCCUCGGUCUCGGUCCGCCGACAUCCGGUCUUUCCUCAGUAAGCUCGGUCGAUCAGCUCAACCCGUCUCACAAACCGAGAAGGACGCGGCCGGCAAGUCCGGGUCGCACUGGAAGCGCAGAUCGUUCUCGGGCAUCCCUGGCCUGACCCGCUGGUCCCUAUCGGAGAGCAACCUGCUGCGGCCUCGAAAGUCCGGCGGAAGGGACACUCGAGACGACCUGCUCGCUCAAUCUGAGGAAGGACGGAGUCGGCGAGAGGAGGACCCUGCUGCUGGGCGAGAAAGCGGGUCUCAGAGUGACGCCCGGAGGGACGCCCUCUUGGCGACCCAGGCGGCGCUAUCAGGUGGUCAGACCAAGGCCGAGCGGAAAACGGAGUCAGCGAGGCCCUCGCCGCUGGAAGAUCCUCCCCUUACAUGGGGCCUGUCAUCCACUACCACUCGGUCGAGUACCGCCUCUCCUCCCUCGCCAUCCCUCGUUACCCCGACCAAGGGCGAUGCGUCUCAGAUCCCCGACCCUGAGCCGAUCGGAGAAGAGGGUCUCGAAAUCCCACGAUCAUCUUCCCCACGCCCUUCUUCGGAGUUUGCAUGGGCUGCACAGUCCGGUACGACGACCAAGGCGAGGCGGAUGAGUGCGGGAGAUGAGUUGCGCGUUUGA